CUUGGAACUGUGUAAAACGUAAUUUUGCGUGUUGUUUUGUUUUCUAUUCCUUAAAAUAUUUAUUAAACAAAUGUGCUCCAUAAACAAAACUUGUGUUCAUGAUGAAUGCCAAAAAGAAAGAAAGCUGCUUCUUCGCAAAGCAGUUGAUGCCGUGGAGUUUCUUUUAGAGCCUGGUAUAGCUCCUGGCGAUCUUCUUGUUAAGCUAAACGAUUUGGCGCAAUGUCACUUCGAUGAUGUUGUCGAGGAACGCUUUAUUCUCAAAGUUUGCGGCUAUCCUUUAUGUUCUCAAAAACUAACGAACAUUCCCGCUCAAAAGUAUGUGAUCGAAGAUUGUAAAGUAUAUGACAUAACGAAUAGUAAAAAGUUUUGUUGUUACAAAUGCUACAAACGUUCAAUAUAUAUCAAAGAACAACUAUCGGAGGAUAUAUUAUUUGUAAGGCCAAAAAACAAAGAUCUUAAGUUAUUGGAAUGAAAUUUUUUUUCGUUUAUAAAACCUUACAUUAAUUUAUAUAAGAGUA